AUGUUUCUUUCUCCAAAUACUGCUUUACAUCAGCAAUCUAUUAUUCAACGACGUUUAUCCACUGGAAAUAGUCCUCAUGGCGACGGUGCUGCAAGUGAUAUCUUAGUCAAGGCCAUAGAUAAUGCAACUUCCAUUACAGCAAAAGAUCUUGCUCUUCUCUUGACACCUCAUGUGAAACCAUUAUUGAUCGAUAUCAGAUACCAACCUAACUAUGAUUAUGCUAGGAUUCGUGGCUCCAUUCAUGUCAAUAUGCCGACAUUACUUUUGAAACGUUAUCGCCGCGGAACAGUGUCUAAUUUUAGCUUGGAAAGUUUUAUUACUACACCUCAAGCCAUCGAUCAUUAUACCCAAUGGCUAAAGCAACAAAAACAACAACAAAAUGAUCGUUCUAAUCUUGUGGUAGUCUAUGAUGAUCAUAUGGAUAUUACAGAUAAAUCAACUUCAGCUUGGACUUUGGUGGGCGCUCUUAGCAAAUUUUUCUCCGGUGAUAUGGAUGCACCUCAUUUGGUUAGCAAUUCUAAUAUACAACGUCGCGCAAGUCUUUUCACUUUGGAUACAAAAAGCGAACAAGAACCAACUCCUCUGACCGAGAAUGAAUAUGCCUUUAUUGUAUCAGCUAUUGUUCCGGAUUUUUUAUACCUUGGUCCAGAAAUAUCUACUGUGGAACAAAUGGAUGGAUUAAAGCAACGAUCGAUACGACGGAUUCUCAACAUGGCUGAAGAAUGUGAUGAUGAUGUACCUGGAUUGAAAGAUUCUUUUCGAUAUUCCAAACUGGCAGCUAGAGAUACUGUAGAAAUGCAAGAUGUGGAAUCUACCUUACGAAAAGCAGUACAAAUCAUUGAUGAUGCCAAACAACAUCAUGAAGCCAUCUAUGUUCAUUGCAAGGCAGGUAAAUCAAGAUCAGUAGCGGUGAUCCUGGCAUAUUUUGUAUUAUCAGAACAUUGGUCUUUACGACGGGCAUAUCGACAUGUGAUCAAGCAACGACCAUGGGUAUCUCCUAAUAUUGGCUUUGUGGCAGAACUGAUGAAAUUGGAAGAAAGUGUAUUGGGUCAUGCAAGCAAUUUUGCCGGUACCGAUUGGCAUCAAGUCGAUGUUACCAGUCCUCCUAGUCCUGCAUCACAAAAGGAAAUCAGGUUGAUUCAACGUGCUUGGCGAACUACCUCUCAACAGUCUUCUACCCAAUCAUUGUCUCGUCGAUAUACCACUUCAUAGUUUUCUAUAUAUAGUAUCGAUACAAUUUUUUUUUUAUACAAUUUAGUUGUUUGAUGAAAAGAAUGUAUAUGUUUUAUUUUUGAUGUUUUUCAAUAAAAGCAAUUUUUUUUUUAAAAAAAAAAAUAAAUAAAUUGUAAUCUAAAUG